AUGUGGAGGAUUACCCCAGGUGAGACUGCAUCGUUCAUGUGGCGCCCUUGGUUGGGAUGUGUUGUGCGCCGCAGCAUCCACAGCAGCUCGCAUAAGCCCCUCUUGACUCUUACAAAAGCUCAUAUACCUGGUCUCAAAGGUACCAUUCAUGAUUAUGAGGCCAAAGUACCUUCUCUUACCUGGUCCAUUCUCGAUGGUGCUCAGAACGAGUGCUGGGCCAUCAUAGGGCCUACUUCCUCCAAUGCGGGUGCCCACGUACGACAAAAAAUCAUUGACGUGGUUCUUGGACGAUAUUCUCCACGGGCUGCUAAUACAUCCAACGUACCGCCAUCAUGUACACAUAUGCUCGACACAUUACCACGAGAGGCUGUAGCCUAUGUGCCGUUCGAGACACCAUCCGGGAAUUUUGGCGGUGAAUUUAUUGAUUAUACGACAAGAUACGGAUCGAUUCGAGACGAAGACCGCGUGACGCUUUUUGAGAGUCUGAUGGAGUCUCGUGAUGUAUAUACAGGCCUGGUGGCUCAGCUGCACAUGCGACCAGAUCCAUUGCGGCUGCACCAAGACAACACAGGCUUACUCAAAUGGAACAGCAGCUAUGAACGCGAAGAGUGUAUCAGAAAGGCGCAUGCUAUAUGCAAGCAUAUCCAAAACACGGCUCCUGCUCUUGGCUUGACGUCACUGCUUUCACGACCGCUUAUUUCACUGUCCAACGGUCAAAUGCGCCGUGCCCGAAUUCUGCGUGCCUUGAUUCAGGGAGCUGAAUGGGCCGUUCUCGAGGACCCAUUCAAAGGUCUUGAUCAGCCAUCAAGAAACGAACUCACGCGAUUGUUUGGUGAACUGCACGCUAAUCGAACCCCACGCCUGUGUCUCGUCCUUCGCGAGCAAGAUCCGGUGCCAUCUUUCAUCACACAUAUUCUCCGGGUCGAUGAACAUGGAUUUGUAACGCAACUUGGUCACAAAAGUGAGGUGCCAACUGAAAAAGAUGCUGAGUAUCCUCCUGGGAGCUACGAUAUCGUCCGACGCAAUGCGGAGCGAGGCGUUUAUACAGGUCAAAAGUCGAGCGAGCCCAUCGUGGCUAUGCGUCACGUCUCGAUUGAGUAUGAAUCCAACCCAAUCUUGCAGGAUGUAUCGCUCGAAUUGCAGCCUGGUGCAAGAAUGGUGCUAGUGGGUGAUAAUGGAAGCGGGAAAACAACUCUCUUAUCCUUGCUUCUCGGCGACCAUCCUCGUUCAUUUGCACUAAGUGAGCAACAGCUGUCAUUAUGGGGUGCAGCACGCGAUGCACCGCGCAACGCUCAUGUACUGCUGCAGCGGCGCAUAGGUCAUAUGUCGCCAGAGUUAUUCCAUGCGUUCCCUCGCAAGAGUCUCGAGGCAGGCGGUUUGACCGUGGCAGACGCGAUAGCGAGUGGCUUUGACGGUAUAUUUACGUAUCGAAGGCGCAACGAGAAGCAACUUGAGCGCGUUGCACAAUUAUUGCGCCUGUUUAGUCCAGAGCUGGUGUUUGACUCGAAGAGCAUGUCAUCUGAGAGCGUGGGCGAUCUGCCUUUCGCGAGUCUGACACACGGGUCACAGGCUGUUGUGCUAUUUCUGCGUGCCUUGGUACAUCGCCCAUCUCUGCUGAUUUUGGAUGAAGCGUUCCAAGGCAUGAGUGGUCAUCAGGUGGCGAAGACGCGCGCGUUCAUUGAUGGCACGCAGUCAUGGGUGUAUGAGGGCAUGUCCGAUACUGAGCGUGCCGUCGACAGGGCGUGGCGCGAAAAAGUCGUGAUUGUGGCCGUAAGUCACUAUGAGAGUGAAUGGCCCCUGACAUGUGGCUGCUUAUUGCGUCUGUCUCAGGGCCGUGUCAUAGAGUCGUUUUAG